AUGGUAUUGUUUGGGGAUGAACAGGCUGAAUUAGCCGGGAAUACUUACGGGAAGCGGUCGACAGUCGCAUGGGCAGAAAUAAUCCCCAUAGCAUCAAAGAACCAGACGGAGCCACGAGCUCCCGGCAUCGGUGCAGGCCCCGAUCCGCCCCCACCGCCGAGCGCUACCGUGCCGGUCCACGUUGCAGUGGGUGUCGUGGACGUGGUGGUCGUGUGGGUGGUAGCGUUGCUCGCGGCUGUUGAGUUGGAGGUAGAGUUGUUGAUCGCGGCGGGGAGGGUGACGACAAUAGGAGUAGAGACGGUUAUGUCCUGCGAGUUGGAGAGGGACUACACAAGGGUCAGAGGGGAAGGGAGAGGAGGAAGGGAGCGAACGAUGAAUGUUGAGAAGGAAGUUGAGACUGCUGCUGCCGGUGCUGUUGGUGAUAUCAGCUCAGAACUCCGUACGGGCAACAGACAAAAGAUGCAGGAACAACACCCACAACCUUCUGCAUCAACCAGCACCAGCAUCCCCGCACCCAGCGAACUCACACUACAAUGCGUCCAUUCACUCCUCUCCCAGGAAUCGGAUGCCAAAGCUGCAUGCCUUGCUGCCGAAUGGGUAGUGGAAGACCCUACAAUCCAGGAGGAGAUCUUGAAGCUCGGUCUGGCGAGGACUGAGACUGCGGCUGAACGCGCUCGGGAAGUAUGGGACGAGCGGGGGGAAGCAGGAUUUGGGGAGUGGUUGGAGGAGGAGGAGAGGGUGGUCUUGAGGAUGAGGGGAGUGCUGUUAGAGAGAGGGGAUAGGUUGAAGACGUGGAGGGAGAUGGAGAGCGCAGGGAGAUGGACGGUUACGGAGGAGGCUGUAUCUGCCCCUGCCCCUGCCCCUGCCUUGGAGAAGCAAGAGGAAGAGGAGGACGCCUGGGGGAACGACGACGACGAUGCCUGGGCCGACGAUCCCAACUUCACCUUCUCAACCGACCCGUUGGCGAACGUCACGCUCACCACUGAGCCCUCCUCUGAUCCAUCCUCCCUCCCUCCGACCUCAUUGACCCGCUCCUCCGCCCCGUUGACACUGAGCGACUUCCUCCUCCGACCCCUCCUCCAGACAGCGUGCAUACUCGCUUCCUCCGGAGAGUAUAUGCCGCUUCAGCAGCUCAUAAAACGACAUUCGCUCUACCCGUACCGGUUCACUAUUCUCUCCUCCAUCCCGGAAUGGGAAGACGUCGAGCGCCACUGCGCCCUUCUACCAGGGUACGACUGGAAGACAGAACGCGAGUCUGUCCCUUCUAGUGAGCCUUGGCGGGUAGAAACGGACUUCUGCGAGCGUCCUGCUAUCAUCGACCUCAUCUCGCCUUCACCACCGCCUUCGACCGAAGCAAGCAUUCCCUCCCACCCGGCACCACUCUUGGCCCAAGAACUCUCAGCAUGGUACCUCUCCCGCCUCUCCCUGAUCGACAAGCACACCGGUGCCGUAGACACAGCCCUCCAGCUAACCCAGUUCGCCGCUUCCCUCGGCCUCCCAGGGAUGGACGAAACGGGGGAAGAGCUUUCCCUCCUCUCCCGGCUCGUAUACGAUGCGCCCUCCCCUAAAGGAAAAGCAGUAGACUACACGCUCGAAGACUGGCGCUCCCUCUCUCCUGCCCAAGUGGUCGACGCCUACCUCGCAGGCUCCACCCCGGAAACAGUAGCCCGCGAGGUGAAGCGACUCGUCCUCCCGUACCUGUACGUACUCGAAGCGCGAGCCGAACGAUCAGGGCAUCCGGACCCUCUCCUACCAAGCAAACUCCUCUCCUCCUAUCUCCUCCGCUCGCCCCUCCCCCUCGCCCAAGCCCUAUUCGAAGCCUCGAAACCCACCCUCCCAGAGCAAACGAGGAUCAUCAAAUCAGACGAAGAUGUCGCCCGUCUCGCCCUUGCCUACCUGUAUGGUUCCGACCUCCUCCUGCCAGGGGACUGGACAUCCAUGAGCAAGAUAUUCGAGUGUCUCCCUGCCUGGCCUUCAGCGGGGGAGGACGAGGCAGAAACGACCGUAGCCAGCCUGGCAGCUUUCGUCGCCCCUUCUACGCAAGCGAAGCCAGGCCCGGAAGAGCUGCUGUUGUUCUUUAACCCUUUGCCUAGAGGAGCGCUAAGUCAACUACUGGACGUGCUAGACGUCCACCUGGAGAGUGGCGAGCUGCUCGCGAAAUGGAACUCUCCGGCUCCGCUAAGGUGGUUCCUACAGUCGAAAGAGGACAAGGAGGCGCAGCGCGCUUGGGCUACGAGGCUUACUAGGGGAGUGGCAAGGUCCCUGGGGGCAGAGGAUGGGGAAGGUGAGUGGAGGAACCUUUGGGAGGAUAUGGAGCGGUUAGCCGGGGAUUUGGAGCCCGAGAUUGAAGAAGAGGAAGGGGAGAAGGACGCAUGGGAUGAAAAUGAGAAUGAGGAAAGGGAGAGGGAGAAGACCAACAGGCCAGCGUUUGGUUUGCUCGGGAGGGAAGAGGUUGCAAAGGUGUUCUUUGCGGGGUUGCUCAGUUCUGGGAACUUCAAGCUUGCGAAGAGAAUGCUCAUGCCGCCCCGGGAACCGUGGCCCCUCACUGGGCAGGUGAUCGAGCACCUUGUUCUUGCUGCCUCGAGGGAGUUCUACGACAAUGCCGAGUCUGGGAACUUUCAUGAGGGGGAAAUGAGUCUCGCUUAUGAGUGUUUGGCCGUCGCCCCCUCUUCUCCGGCAGUCAAUAAAGAACGCGCCUUCAUCGAGGCCACCUCCCGACUCUGUUCAUACAACCUCCUUUCCCGCUCUGGCAACACGUUGUCACCUAUUGAGAUCCGGCUAACGAAGGACAAACUCGCGCUUAUCGCGCGUCUUCUCUCCUCCACGGAAGACAUGUACAAGCACCCCGAGGUCAUCUUGGAGCUCGUGGACAAGCUCGGGUUCGCAGGGGACGAAGUAGCCAGGAUCAAGGCGCUUGCUAUGAUCGCUACUACGGCCUUGCAAAGCGAGGACUUUGCCGCUGCCGCAGGGGUGGCAGAGGGCAUGCUCGCGCGGGUGUUUGACCUGCGUGUUGCUGAUCCUCAGGGGGCGAAGGACUCCGACUCAGGCACGUUCGAAGCGCUUACUGUUUGCUGGCAGACGUGUUUCCAGCUUGGGGGACAGUCGGAGUAUCAUGAUGCUCCUAGGAAGAUGCAUUUGCUAAGCAACGCGCUCAAGCUAUGCCCGGCGGAGAAUAUCACCGACGUGCUUGCCGCCUGGCGCAAGGUCGAGGUAGAGGUAGACGCCAUUCCCGUGGACGAGACGCUCCUUUCCUUCCCCUUGCAGAACGGGAAGCCGGCAUCGAUCUCCGGAGACAGACAUACAAAGGCGCACCAUCUCCUACCUCAUUUAUCGGAUAUCCACCUCCCCUCGUCCCUCAUGAACCAAGAAACAGCAGCCAUGGCCGCACGCACAUUCAAUCGCGUCGCGGCGAACUUCACGUUCCCUGGACGGGCGCGAACGGCGAGUAUUAUGAGUGGGGAAAGUGAUAGGGAGAGCGCGAGGAGCGGGAGCCCGGAUUUGGGAAAACAGGCCAGGAGCGUGUUCACGAGAGGUGUGGGGUGGCUUAUUGGUGCGGACGAGGAGCAGUAG